CGCCAUGGACACAGACCUUGUGUCCCGCCUAUGAGGCGUGGUGAUGUAUCAUCUUACCACAGAUGCUCCAUUGGUGGAAAUAUCAAACAGCGGCGAUCAGGUCCAAGCCAUGGGGGGAGCUGAUGCCAUGUUCUGAACUGUGAGACUGCGAGUGAGGUGCCCACUCAACGCGCCAACAGUGGUGUGUAAGAAGACAGCAGCCAUGCCACCCCCCUCUGACAUCGUCAAGGUGGCCAUCGAGUGGCCCGGUGCCAACGCCCAGCUCAUGGAGAUUGACCAGAAGAAGCCCCUGUCGUCUAUCAUACGGGAGGUGUGUGAUGGCUGGUCUCUGUCUGGCUCGGAGCAGUUUGCCCUGCGUAUGCUGACUCCUCAGCUCUACAUUACUGAGCAGAGCCGUAGUGAAAUCAAGAAUGGAACCAUCCUUCGAUUAGCCAUAUCUUCUGCCCGUGCAGCACGGCAGCUCCUGGACAGGAUCCAGUCGCACGGCAUAGACUCCCGCCUGGAGGCCCUGAAGGAGCUGGCCAAGCUGUCAGCUGACCCCACCUUUGCCACCGAGUUCAUCAACAUGGAGGGCAUCGGGACCCUGGCGCGCCUGGUGGAGAGUGGCACCCACUUUGGGGAGAUGCUGGCCUUCACUCUCACAGCCUUCCUGGAGCUGAUGGACCAUGGCAUUGUGUCCUGGGACCUUAUCUCUCUGUCCUUCAUCAAACAGAUUGCGGGCUACGUGAACCAGCCGAUGGUGGACGUAUCCAUCCUGCAGCGCUCACUGGCCAUCCUGGAAAGCAUGGUCCUCAACAGCCACAGCCUCUACCACCGGGUGGCGCAGGAGAUCACCGUUGGACAGCUCAUCGGGCACCUGUCCAAUCAGGAGAUCCAGACAUACGCCAUCGCACUAAUCAACGCCCUCUUCCUCAAGGCACCAGAGGACAGGCGGCAGGAGAUGGCGAGCACCCUGGCACAGAAACACCUACGAUCCAUCAUCCUCAAUCAUGUUAUCCGAGGCAACCGACCUAUCAAAGCUGAGAUGGCACACCAGCUGUACGUGCUGCAGGUGCUUACCUUUAACCUUUUGGAAGAACGGAUGAUGACCAAGAUGGAUCCCAGUGACCAGGCCCAGAGGGACAUUAUUUUUGAGCUGCGCAGGAUUGCGUUUGAUGGGGAGAAUGACCCUAGUGGCACAGAGAAGAGAAAGGCCAUGUACACCAAGGACUACAAGAUGCUGGGCUUCACUAACCAUGUGAACCCUGCCAUGGACUUUACUCAGACCCCUCCAGGAAUGCUGGCCCUGGACAACAUGCUCUACCUGGCCAAGCUGCACCAGGACACCUACAUCAGGAUUGUUCUAGAGAACAGCAGCCGCGAGGACAAACACGAGUGUCCCUUCGGACGCUGUGCCAUCGAGCUCACCCGAAUGCUGUGUGAGAUACUACAAGUGGGAGAAUUGCCCAAUGAGGGCUGCAACGACUACCACCCCAUGUUCUUUACUCACGACCGGGCGUGGGAGGAGUUCUUCUGCGUCUGCAUCCAACUGCUCAACAAGACCUGGAAGGAGAUGAGGGCCACGGCUGAAGACUUCAACAAGGUGAUGCAGGUGGUUCGGGAGCAGAUCACCCGGACUCUGGCUAUGAAGCCCUCGUCCCUGGACCAGCUAAAAGGGAAACUACGAGGKCUCAGCUACUCUGAGAUCCUGCGUCUGCGCCAGUCAGAGAGGAUGAGCCAGGACGACUUUCAGUCACCACCCAUCAUUGAACUGCGUGAGAGGAUCCAGCCAGAGAUACUGGAGCUGAUUAAGCAACAGCGACUGAACCGCCUGUGUGAGGGAAGCUGCUUCCGCAAGCUUGGCAACCGCCGCAGACAAGAGAAGUUCUGGUUUUGCCGCCUGUCUCUGAACCACAAGGUGCUUCACUAUGGAGAUCUGGACGAGUCUCCCCAGGGGGAAGUACCUUUUGAGCUGCUCACCGACAAGAUCCCCGUGUCUGAUAUCAAGUCAGUGGUGACGGGGAAGGACUGUCCCCACAUGAAAGAGAAGAGUGCACUGAAACAAAAUAAGGAGGUAUUGGAGCAGGCCUUCUCCAUCCUGUACGAUCCUGAUGAAAACCUCAACUUUGUGGCUCCCAACAAAUACGAGUACUGUAUCUGGACUGAUGGGCUGUGUGCGUUGUUGGGGCGAGAGAUGGGCAGUGACCUCACACGCAGCGACCUGGACACGCUCAUCUCCAUGGAGAUGAAGCUCCGCCUCCUGGACCUGGAGAACAUCACCAUACCCGAAGCCCCUCCCCCCGUGCCAAAGGAGCCUAGCACUUACAACUUCACCUACAACUACGGCUGAGAAGUGUGUGUGUGGAAGGCCUGUUUGUGUUUACAUAUGUAUGAGUGAGAGAAAGACUGUAGUGUGUGUGGGCGGGCAUAAUUGCGAGUGUGCGUUUUAUGUAUAG